AUGUCGGUUCAAUAUACUGUUGGGGAUCUUAUUCCCAAAAUCCAGGCGAAUAUUGAUUCCAUGGAAUACCCCGUGGCGCUUGCUUUCUGUCAACGUGCGCUGGAAUUGGAGCCCACCAAUGCAGAGAUUCUCGAAGUGACAGGUCAAGUGGAAAUCGAGUUGGAUAUGUUUGCCGAAGCUCGCAAUCAUUUGCUUGAAGCCAUCCGACUGAAACCAGACCAAGGUUACAGCAAAUACAUGUAUCUUGGUCAACUAUCCGUGGAGAAGGAGGCCAUUGAAGCAUUUCAAAAAGGCGUGGAACUUAUGACGGCUGAAAAGGCGCAAUUACAAGAUCCUGUAGAAAUCAAGUUACUGUCAUCGAAAAUCGCUGGCGCUUUAUGCUCCAUGACUGAGAUCUACUUGACCGAUUGCUGUUUUGAACCUGAGGCGGAAUCAAAGUGUGAAGAGUUUUUACAGCACGCGCAACAGGUCGACCCCGAGAAUCCCGAAGUAUAUCAGUUAUUAGCGUCGGUACGAUUGAGUCAGUUGCGAAAUGAGGAUGCGAGUGCGGCCUUGGAGACCAGUAUGCGGUUAUGGAUUGAUAAAGAACCUGGAGAUGCCGCGAUGCCGAUCUACGAUUCUCGAUUGGCUUUGGUGAAACUGUUACUGGAAUUGACCAUGUUCCAACAAGCGUUUGCUGUUUUGGAAGGAUUGCAAAAGGAAAACGAUCAGGUCGUGGAUUUAUGGUAUCUCUAUGGUUGGACAUAUUAUUGUCUUGGUGACGAUGAAGAAAAGUCCAAUGAAGAACGAAUGGCACACUGGGAAGAUGCAAGAGACUGUUUGGAAUUGGCUGUCAAGCUGUACAAUACGAUUGGCUCGGAUGAUGAAGCAAUGGUGGAGCACGCUCACGAACUGAUUGCUACAAUUAACCAGGUCGUACCCCCGUCGGCUCCUGAAGAAGAAGAGGUAGUCGAUGAAGAAAUUGAAUUUGUGUCGGAUGAUGAAGAUGAUGCCAUGGAAAUGUAA